CCAAACAUGCAGCUCGCUACUAUCGCGGUGCUGCUGAUAGCGCCUGUUGUCGCCCAAUUCGUAUACCAGUAUUGGACGAACCCAUUGCGCAAGAUCCCUGCCGCACAUCCACUUGCACACAUUACGUCGCUGUGGAUCAAUUAUGUGCGGUGGCGAUCCGUCGAGAACGCAACACUCAAGCGCGCACACAAGGACCUGGGGCCAAUAGUGUGUCUAGGGCCAAACGAAGUUAGUGUGAACUGUGUGAAAGGAGGCAUCAGGGAAAUCUAUGCAGGUGGAUUUGAGAAGGCCAACUUGAACGAGACGUUUAAUUGGUAUGCGUUCUUUACAAAUUUCGGCGAGUCGAACAUGUUUUCUACAGGGAGGAAUAAAGCGCAUUCAACGCGAAAACGCAUGCUCAGCAACAUCUACAGCAAAUCCGUAAUCACCGCGUCGCCGGCUCUGCUCGCUCAGGUCAGCGCUAUCGUCUAUGAUAGACUUUUGCCACGCCUCGCAUGCGCCUUCUCCAACGAAAACCCAGGCGUUUUGGAUAUCAACCCGUUGCUCAACGCUACUACGAUGGAUAUUGUGUCUGCUUAUAUUUUCGGGCUUAAGUCGAGCUCCAACUUGAUCGAUGAUCCCAAACAGCUAUCCUGGUUCCUCGAUCUGUACAACUCUCGCCGGUCCUUCAAUUUUUGGCCGCAAGAGCUCCCCGCCUUGACAUCGUUCGUCAAGAAAUGGUUCGGGUAUAGAUUGGUUCCGCAGUGGGUUGAUAAGGCAAACAAGGAUAUCGAAGACUGGACUGACAGCAUGUGCGAGAGAGCAGCCAAAGUCAUGUCGGAAGGGGCAGCACAUGUCGCAGACACACCGGUCGUAUACGAACAGCUCUCUGGAGCGUUGGCGAAGGAAGCGAAGAAAGCUGGGAAAGAUAAGAAGGACUGCAAGAUCCUGGCUGCGAGCGAAGUCUUAGAUCAAAUCGCCGCCGGCUUUGAUACAUCAGGCAUCACCCUAACUUAUGUCAUUCACGAACUGAGUCGUAAUACGCAAGUACAAACGCGCCUUCGGCAAGAGCUCCGAACUUUGUCCUCGCCCAUUUUACCCUCGUCUUCGCCUUCUCUCCCCGAUGGUAAGGCAGUUGACGCGCUGCCAUAUCUCCACGCCGUGAUAUGGGAGACACUACGUCUGCAUCCAGCGAUUCCUGGUCCGCAGCCGCGUGUCUCGCCUCCACAAGGAUGCCGCCUCGGCUCUGAUGGCAACACAUACUAUAUCCCGGGCGGUGUAAGAGUGAGCGCGAGUGCCGGCCUACUGCACUUGCACGAGGACGUUUAUCCACAAGCGCAUAAGUGGAGGCCGGAGCGAUGGCUCGAACUUGAGCAGCUGGAUGAAGAGAAGAGACGGGAUAUGGAGAACCGAUGGUUCUGGGCGUUUGGAAGUGGCGGGCGGAUGUGCGUCGGCAGCCACUUAGCUGUGUAUCAGAUGAAAUACAUCGUCGCAACCCUGUACUCCAACUACACAACGGCUAUUGUCGACGAUACCGGCAUUGAGCAGUCAGAUGCAUAUACCGCGCCGCCGAAAAACAGCGAGCUCCUCAUCAAGCUGCAGAGGCUAGACUCGUGAUCUUGCGCAUGUGAAGAGCCGGGAAGCCCUUCUCGACCCCUCACAGCUAGAUGCGGCGGCCUCCUAAUGCCGGCUCCACAAGCUGCAUCAGACGGGUUCGCUUUGGGUAAAAUAUGGGGAGAGGGGUAACGCUUCGAGAACGCCCAAGGUCGGGUGACAUGCCUCAUGGACGUUUGUGCAUCAGCCAACCUUAUCAUGCUCGGUACCAUGGUUGUAGGUACUUGGUAGCGGCAGAAGCGGGCCUUGAGGACUGCAAUAGCCACUACCCGAUACGAAAGCUCUGGAAUUCCGAAGACGGCGUUAGCUAGUGCGAGACAUUACGCCCGCGU